GCCACAACACAAAUAGCUGAACGCGUUUUGGGAGGAAGAACCAUGACGCGCAAUUACGCAUGGGACUAAAGGAAUUUGACGUCCAGCGCCUGUCUUUUUGAAUCUCCGCCAGAGCAUUCGCUGUCCAUAGUUUUGAAUUUUCUCCAUUUACAGAGACGAUAUCUAUGCACGACGUCAUUAGUGCAGCUACAGCCUCUCCUCAACUCUUAACUCUGAAGUUAACCAUCCAGUCCUCUAUGUGCACUGGACAGGAUGGGAUGCUCCACCAGUUCCCAAACUUCAGCGGUAGAUACGACUCGACCCAGUGCUAAGCCCGAGGAGAGCAACGGAUCCAGCACAACAGGGGCAGCCAAUGAGAAUGGCAAAGUAGCUGAGGACAGCGAAACUAUUCCCGACCAGACACCCGCUGGGGGCGGCGAUGCUAAGCCUGCAGAUGAAUCUGCUGCAGCUGCACCUGCAGAGGCAGCAGCAGACAGCACCGCAGAGGCUGCGGGGAGCUGCGCAGAGCCUGCAGCUCCUGAGCAAGAAAUAGCAGAGGUCACAGUAACCGAUUCAGAGCCCAAAGCAGAGGAGGAACCAGCGCCCAGCGAGUGA